AUGCCGGCGACGUGGCGGAUACGACAUGAGACUCUUCUGGUAGAAUUGAAUGAUUAAAUGAAGAAGUGUCCUGUCCGCGUGACCUCAGCGUAGUCGCGCGCGAUUCCAGACGUUUCCGCCGAACCUCGGCCCAACCUAGUACACCUCAGUAAGGUAAGGCUGCUCGACCCUGACGCCGGACUUCACGUGUCAUCGUCCCCAGGUACCUUCCCAUUCUCCAUCUCACACUCCGGGGUCCGGUUGAUAGCAGAGAUACAAUCAUACCACCUCCUCCUCCUCCUCCAUCUACAAGUGAUGUAAUCUUCCUCACACUUGUAUCAUCUCCUUCGAUCUCCAUCUCCAUCUCCAUCUCCAUCUCCAUCUCCAUCUCCAUCUCCAUCUCCAUCUCCAUCUCCAUCUCAAUCCAGGAUGGCACCCGCACAGUACCAACAACGCACCCUCCCCAUCGUCCCGCUCCCUACCCACCUCGUCCUCCUCCCGGGUGUCACCACGCGCGUCCCGCUGCAGAACCGAGCUGACAUCGCCGCUAUCCUCGCACACAUCUACAGUAAAGCCUCGACCCCGCGGCCGGAAGCGAACAGUGUCACCGUCGGUUGUAUCCCGCUCAACAGCCCCUUCCUGUCCCCGGAUGGGAACCGGCUCAUCGAAGAGGGCGGCGACGCCAACGACAACAACAACAACAACAACAACAACAGGAAGAAGAAUGCGAAAUCCGUCGUCGAAGUGGAUCCGGCUCAGGCGAGGAAGGCGGAUCUGUUCCAAUACGGUACCAUGGCGCGCGUCACGGGCGUGCAAGGCCGGAGACCGGGGGAAUUGAUGCUGGUCGUCGAGGGCGUGCAGCGGUUCAAGGUGGACAAGGUCGUCCGCGAACGACCGUACUUCGAAGCGAACGUGGUCCUACACCAGGAGGAAAGAGUGCGGGAAGACGACGAAAAGACCACGACCCUCUUCGCGAACCUGAAACAAUACAGUCGGGAAUUGAUCGCUCUGAUUCGACUCUCUGCGCUCUUGCCCCGGGGAGGCCCGCAGAUGAAUCUCUCCCCGAUCCUCGCGCGGAGGCUGGAAUUGUACAUUGUCCGCAAGGAUGUGCAGGAAGCGGGCGUGCUGGCGGAUUUCAUGACCAACAUCAUCGAUUGCUCGCACGAGGAUAAGCUGCGCAUCCUCUCCGCGCUGCCGAUCCACGAGCGUCUGACGCGCAUCACGGAGAUUCUGCAGAGGCAGAUUUCGACCAUCCAGGGGAACAGCCGGAUUCUGUCCGUGACGACGUCGCCGAAUGCGAGUCAGAGUGCGGUCAUUGAUCUGGAGACGUUGAAUAAGUUGAGGCAGGAUCCGAGAUUGAGGCGAAUGGGCAGUGGGCAAGGGCAGGGGAAUGGGAUGCCGCCUGGGUUUGGGUCGAAUGUCGGGGCGCAGGAGGAGGAGGUGAAUGAGGUGGAGGAGCUGAAGAAGAAAUUGGACGAGGCGGGACUCUCCCCCGAGGCACAGAAGGUGGCAGACCGCGAGCUGAAGAGGUUGUCGAAGAUGAACCCGGCUCAGGCGGAGCAUCAGGUGUGCCGGAAUUACCUGGAGAACUUGGCCGAGAUUCCGUGGACAAAGAUGACGGAGGACAAUCUGGAUGCUGCCACUUUGAGCAAAGCGCGGAAGCAGUUGGAUGAUGAUCAUUAUGGAUUGGAGAAGAUCAAGAAGCGAUUACUGGAGUAUCUGGCGGUUCUGAAGCUGAAGCAGGCCGUGAACAUGGAUCUGGACAAGCAGAUUCAGGCCAUCACGCAGGCUACGCAGCCCACAGAGCAGGCGCAGGAGGCACGCAUCGAGGGCGAGGAGGAUGUUGCUCCUUCAACGCAGGUUACGAAGAAGGGAGAGAAGACGGAAGAGAAGGAAGAGUCGGCCGGGGAGACCAACCUGCUCAAUAACAAGAAGUUGGUCCUGCUCACUCACAAGAAGUUGGUCGACAAGUCGCCGAUUCUGUUGCUUGUCGGGCCGCCGGGCGUGGGCAAAACGUCUCUAGCCAAGUCUGUUGCUACUGCUCUCGGUCGACAGUUCCAUCGCAUUUCCCUGGGUGGUGUGCGCGAUGAGGCGGAGAUUCGUGGACACCGCAGGACAUACGUCGCGGCCAUGCCUGGUCUCAUCGUCAAUGGUCUGAAGAAGGUCGGUGUGGCGAAUCCCGUCUUCCUGCUAGAUGAGAUUGACAAGGUUGGCUCGGCUUCGAUUCAUGGGGAUCCAUCGGCCGCGAUGUUGGAAGUUCUGGAUCCGGAGCAGAAUUCGACGUUUGUGGAUCACUAUGUCAACAUCCCCAUCGAUCUGAGCAAGGUUCUGUUCAUCGCGACUGCGAACACCCUCGACACGAUCCCGCCGCCUCUCCUCGAUCGUAUGGAGACUAUCCAGCUUUCCGGAUACACCACGCUGGAGAAGAGACAUAUCGCCACACGGCAUCUCAUUCCCAAGCAAAUCACCACCAAUGGUCUGAAGCCGGAUAAUGUUCAGAUGAACGAUGAAGUCAUCGAUAGGGUCAUCACUGCUUACACUCGAGAAUCUGGCGUUCGAAAUCUGGAACGCGAGAUUGGAAGUGUGUGUCGAUCUAAAGCCGUCCAGUACGCCGAGGCGCGAGAUACCAAUACUCUCCCCGCGUAUACUCCUAUCGUUACUGCCGAGGAUCUCGAAGACAUUCUCGGCAUUGAACGGUUCGAAGAAGAACUCGCCGCUCGCACUUCCCAGCCCGGCGUCGUCACUGGCCUGGUGGCGUACAGCACCGGCGCCCAAGGCAGCAUCCUCUUCAUCGAAAUCGCCGACAUGCCCGGCGCGGGACGCGUCCAACUGACCGGCAAACUGGGCGACGUGCUCAAGGAGAGCGUCGAAGUGGCCCUCUCGUGGGUGAAAUCGCACGCCUACGAACUCGCCCUCACACACGACCCGGCCGAAGACAUCAUGAAAGCGCGCGCCAUCCACGUGCACUGCCCCUCGGGCGCCAUCCCCAAGGACGGCCCCUCGGCCGGCCUCGCGCACACCAUCGCCCUCGUCUCCCUCUUCUCCGGCAAGCGCGUCCCGCCCACCCUCGCCAUGACGGGCGAAGUCUCCCUGCGCGGCAAAAUCCUACCCGUCGGCGGUAUCAAGGAGAAGCUGAUCGGCGCUCUGCGCGCCGGCGUCAAGAAGAUCCUCCUGCCGCAGGGCAAUCGGAAGGAUGUGAAAGAUUUGCCCCAGGAGGUUAAAGACGGUUUGGAGAUUCUGCUCGUCGGCCAUUUAUGGGAGGCGCUGCCGCUCGUGUGGCCUGAGAGCGAGUGGCCUGGUCUGAGGGGUUGGGGUGGGGGGUUGGAGAGUCGAUUGUAA